CAAAGAACCCAGCAUGUUCCAAUUUCCCAAGCUCCAAAAACUUCAUAUCCACCAUGGCUAGCAUUCACAACUACCCGGUGCUAUCGCGCCAAAGCACCCUGGCUCAAUUGCCCCCCGAGUCCACCAUCGACGCUCAAGGCCAGAUCGCCCAGCUCCUCUCGACCACCUCGCCCAGUCGUCUCGUCGUGCUUGAUGACGACCCCACCGGCACCCAAACCUGCCAUGACAUCGCGGUCCUCACCGUCUGGGACAUUGACACCCUUGUCAACGAGUUCCGCCAACCGUCCGGCGGGUUUUUCAUCCUGACCAACUCGCGCGCCUUCCCCGCCAGCGAAGCCGAGCAGUUGAUCCGCACCAUCUGCGAGAACGUCGCCGAAGCCGCCGCACGCACCCAUCAAACGGUGGACAUCGUCCUCCGCGGCGACAGCACGCUGCGCGGUCACUUCCCCCUCGAAGCCGACGUCGCGCAAUCGGUGUUCGGCCCCGCCGCAGCCAUCAUCCUCGCCCCGUUCUUCUUCCAAGGCGGCCGCCUGACCAUCAACGACGUGCACUACGUCGCCGAAGGCGACUCCCUGGUGCCCGCGGGCACCACUCCGUUCGCGCGCGAUGCCACCUUCGGCUUCGACAGCUCCAACCUCAGAGACUACGUGAUGGAGAAAGCCCCGGGACGGUUCCGCCCGCAGGAGAUCCACUCGAUCACGAUCGAGGACAUUCGUCUCGGCGGACCAGAGGUCGUGUGCGAGAAGAUAAGACAGAUCCCCGAAGGCAACGUAGUCAUCGUGAACGCGGCCGCGGAGUCGGAUAUGCAUGUUUUUGUUGCCGGGUUGCUUCUGGCCAAAGCCCAAACCCCGUCCGCAAAACCCUACCUCCACCGCACGGCCGCCUCCUUCGUCUCCACCCGCCUCUCCAUCCCCACCAUCCCGCCGCUCACAGCAAGCGCCCUCGACCUCCCGCACCCGAGAACCACAGGGGGCCUCAUCCUGGCCGGCUCGUACGUGCCCAAGACCACCACGCAGCUCAAGCAUCUAACGGACCGCCACGGGCCCACGGGCACCAACGCCCUCGCCAUCCUGACCCUCGACGUCCCCGCGCUCCUGACCCAGCCCACCCGUUCGUCCACCGCCACCGCCACCGCCAAUGCCAACACCCCCAGCAUCCAACCCGCCGUCGCAGACCUAGUGACCCAGAUCCAGACAUCCCUGCAAGCAGGGCGGGAUACCUUGGUGAUGACGAGCCGGGACCUCGUGACCGGCCAGGGCGACGGGGAGAGUCUCAAGAUCGGCGGGAGGGUGGCCGAGGCGUUGGUGGAGGUGUUGAGGCGGGUGGUCGCCCGGGUUAGGCCGCGGUAUAUUGUUGCUAAGGGUGGGAUUACUUCGUCCGAUGCGGCUACCAAGGGACUGGAGAUCAGGCGCGCCAUGGUGGUCGGCCAGGCGGCGCCGGGCGUGCCGAUUUGGCGUUGUGAUGAGCCCACCUCGCGACAUGCGGGGAUUCCGUUUGUGGUGUUUCCGGGGAAUGUCGGCGGGGAGGGGACGUUGUGUGAGCUGGUUGAGGCGUGGAGGUGAUCAGAGUGAUGAGAGUGGGGUGUGCAUAUACCACACUAAUCAUACUAGAAGGACCUUAUGGGAGUCAUUCAUAGACAUCAUACAGAGUUAAG